AUGAGGACGUGGUUCUGCCCUGGUUACGAAAAUAUGCUUCGCCCGAAAUUCGUUCGUCCUGACUGUGUCGCUGAUCCGACGGUAUGUCAUCCGAACGCUGCUUGUGAUCCUCAUACUCGUCAGUGCUCGUGCACGAUGGGACACAUUGGAGACGGCUUCGUGUGUAACCCUGAUCCACAGGACUGCGUUCUCCGUAAGGAUCUAUGCAGCCCGGAAGCGAUGUGUAUCGGAAGGCGCUGCAAAUGUGUGGAAGGAUUCACUGGUGACGGUGUCAAAUGCGUGUCCCUCUACCAACGGUCAAUUAACUGCUCUGAAUGCGAUGUGAAUGCCCACUGUAACGGAGGAAUGUGCCAAUGCAAUGCUUCCUUGGCGAUGGCAUUUCCUGCUUCCCUGUUCGAUCUUGUCGCUCUGACCCAAACGUAUGUGAUGUUGAAGCGAUCUGUCUGCCGUCUGGGCAAUGUAUCUGUAAGCAUGGAUUCCGUGGUAAUGGCUAUAAUUGCCUCAAAAGUGAGUUUGUGUACAAUUCGCGAGGGAGAGUGGGGUGAUAGUGCUUAUGAAGGGCAUCGUGCUGUUUCAGUUUCGCCACUUCCACAGUUACGUCAUCCAUCAAACGAGCCGUUGAACUCGUGUUCGAACCGUUGUGAUCGUGAAACGGAGCUGUGCAUCUCUGGCACAUGCAUUUGCAAACAUGGCUAUAAAAGGCACGAUGAUGGAAGAUGUCUCGUGUUCUGCGAACCCGACGGCAUGACGUUAGUGCUUGGAAAUGAGACAACGGCCUUUGAAGGACGAAUAUUCGUUCGAGGACAAGCAGAAAAUCCUUACUGUGCCAAAACGUUCUCACCAUUACAGCAAGACCCCAAAAUCGUAAAUGUUUCAAAGUUAGCAUUUGAACAUUGUAGAUUUUCGAACUCGAAGAUCACGGAGUUUGUGUGGGAAACGCCGCCCACCAAUUUCGGAGAUAAUUGCUUUUGUGAAUACUUUCGGCAACACAGCUGUAAUUGUCGCAAAACAUCGAUGUUCAUCAAUCAACAGGCUGCCGAUGCUUACGAUCUCAGAUGCACGUAUCCUGUUGGAGUUCGAGAGGUGGAAUCAAAUGUGAACGUAUCUGACUUGACGACGUCUUCAACACUCACCGAUAACGCUCAUGGUCCCAGCUGCCGCCUAACUGUCACUAACGAGGCUGACGAGAGCAUCGCCGCGGCCGUUGUCGGGCAAGCUCUACGCCUUCGUCUUGAAGUUACGCCCAACGACACGUAUUCGAUUCUGCCGCGUAACUGUUUCGCCAUCAAUAUCGAAACUGGCGAGAGGUACUCGCUAACCGAUAAAGCUGGUUGUGCAAUCGAUGAUCAGUUGUUCCCAGAAUGGACAAAGAUUCGGCCGAGCUUGACUGAAGCCGUCUUC